AUGGAGGCCGCCCUCUUCAACCUGGCUGCGCAGGGCGACGCCGUGCUGGUGUCCGUCAACGGCAUCUGGGGCGAGCGCGCAGCCAACAUUGCCGGGAGAUUGGGAGCUGACGUUCAUAAGGUGCUGAAGCCCCCGGGCGAGUACUUCACCCUGCGGGACAUUGAGGAAGGCCUGGUGCGGCACAAGCCCUCGCUGCUCUUCAUCACCCACGGCGAGUCCUCCACGGGCGUCCUGCAGCCACUGGAGGGGCUGGGGGAGCUGUGCCACCGGCACGGCUGCCUGCUGCUUGUGGACGCGGUGGCAUCGCUCGGGGGGGCACCUAUCCUCAUGGACCAGCAGGAGAUUGACGUCUUGUACUCGGGGUCUCAGAAGGUCCUCAGCGCCCCCCCUGGCAGUUCCCCCAUCUCGUUCAGCGAGCGAGCCAGGGAGAAGAUGCUGAGGAGGAAGACGAAGCCUCCCUCCUUCUACCUAGACAUGGGCUGGCUGGCAAACUACUGGGGCUGUGACGGCAAGCCGCGAACGUACCACCACACGGCACCGAUCAACAGCUUCUUCAGCCUGCGGGAGGGCUUGGCGAUGCUGGCUGAGCAGGGUCUGGAAAGCUCAUGGGAGCGCCACCGGACCAACUGCACCUACCUAUGCCAAGGGCUGCAGGACCUGGGGCUAGAUCUCUUUGUGAAGGAAGAGAAGGCAAGACUUCCUACCGUCACCACCGUCAGAGUGCCUGGGGGCUACGACUGGAAGGAGAUCACGUCCUUUGUCAUGAACAAACACGCCAUCGAGAUCGCCGGGGGCCUGGGCCCCUCAGCAGGCAAGGUUCUUCGAAUUGGCCUCAUGGGCUAUAACUCAACCAGAGCCAACGUGGACCAGGUGCUCCGUGCCCUGCGAGAUGCCCUCCGGCACUGUCACCAGAGCAGGCUGUGAGCGCCUCGUGCCGCGGCUGCAGACGGGCUCUGGCCAAGGUGUCGCUCCCUCCGCUCCCAUCUUCGGGCUGUGGGUGGGCAGAGGGGCUCCUCUGGCUCCCCAGGGACCCGGCAGCAAAUGCUGCAGCAGCUGGUAGCCAAAAAGGAGUGGUACAGACUGAAGGGGAAGGAGAAGCUGGUGGCAAAGGCUGGAUCUGCAAGUGGAGGCGAGGGCCGUGGCUUGACAGCUGGACAGCCAGGGCUGGGUGGGACCUGCAGCCCCAGGGCUGCGAGGGAAGAAGGCCCCAGUGCCGUCGGCUGCACGGGCUCACAAUGUCUCCGGCAUUGCAACGCAAGGCACUGGGCCUGCGUGCGUGGGUGGAGGGGGUGGGCAGCACAGGGGACCCCGAGCCCGCACCCGCUCUGCCCGGAGAGCCACCCUGCGGGGUGAAGCCCAGGAGAGCAGGGUCAGUAGGACAGUGCGCAGGUGUGCGGGCUGUGGUUACAUGGUUACAUAUCCUUCUCCCUGUCCCUCUUGCAGGGUUGCUCCUCACGCCCAACGUCCUGCCCCUCUCACCUUCUCCAUUCCCCUUUGCCCCAGGGCACGACAGCCCCACUGCAAGCUGACUCGCAGGCCGGAGGCAGGAUCCAACUCCAGGUCCCUUCCCCUCCUGUCUCUUCUAUCACCAUCACCCUCGGCUGGUCCUUUCCUAAAGCCUAGCAGUGCAGAACAGCCAUAUUGUCAGCUGUGAUGUGAAACACCCUUUCCAGAGGCUCUAACUGGGGGACCUGACAGACCACGCACCCACUCCCAGCUGCAACUAACAUGUGCUCAUUCCCUGCUACCAUCUUUCCUGAAUAAAAUGACAUAGUACCAUGUG